AUGUCUUCUCCUACUGAGGACGGCCCGGCAAACCCGCCUCCAUCUUGCAACGAUGCAGUGCCUGACUUUCACCCGACGCCUCGCUUUUUGCAAAAGUACCACUACAAACACAACGGAGGCGUUUAUGCCUUCGACGAGUCCCAGUUGCCCAAGGACUAUGUUAUGGGCCAGCACAGACUGACCCGGCUCGCCAAUAUGCAAUCCGCCGCUAGGCUCGAGCACUCCGAAAUUCAACAGAGCCUCAUGGAACAGAUCCAAAAGCGUAAAAACGAGGCAUUGGGGCAAUCCAUUCCGCAGUCCAGGCGAAAAACCCGACGGGCUGCUGACGGAGAUCCAGACCGGCUCGACUCGCCAACCUCCCUAGCUCCGGCGGCUGCUGAUUCUUCCGACGAGGACGAUCCAUUCGUCGACCCGGCCAUCACUCCGUCCGAGAUGUCGGCCCAGACUGACGUCGCCAUGCCACCACCCCCACCACCCCCGCUACCGUCCUUGUCCCCAACCACAGCUGCCGUUGGUGCCACAAGCUUACUUUCACCGACCGCAUCCCCUAAACUGUCUCCGUACGAAACCGAAGACUCUGUACCAUGUCCACUGGUUGAUGAGCAGGUUGCUGAGCUCAUUCCGUCGAUUGUCGGUCAAUUCGACCAGCUACCGAUGGAAACCCACCGGUAUGUUCUAUACAGUCUGAUGCGCAGCUGUAACCGUAAUACCUUGUCUUCAAUGGUAUCAAUUUUGCAUUCGGCACUUCGAUGUAACAUUUUGUCCGAGUUACCUCCAGAACUGUCCUCUAUUGUUUUGGGCUAUUUGGACGCCAAAAGUUUAUGCUCAGCUACCCAGGUGUGUCGCUCUUGGUACAGACUUAUUGAUUCCGAUGAAACAAUUUGGAAGAACCUUCUGGAACAAGACCAGCUGUUCUUGACUGAUACCGACAUGAAGCGGGCCCUCACCGAAGGAUGGGGCUACUCCGGAUGGACCCGUGAUCUCAGCGAUCCGCUUCAUCGCGCCCCAGUCGCUCGUAAACAGACUACAACAGACCUUCCAUCGACUCCUGCUCAACGUAGAGUCGGUAGUCUACCGUCUUUGGCUUCUCCAUUUGCCCCUAAUUUACCCCAGGGCACUAGCAGCGGCCCCGCCAGCCCAGCAACUUGGGGCCCGCCACGCCCUCGCCCUUUGAAUGCUCUUGGAGAUCCUGUCAAUAUUUACCGAGCUAUCUACCGACGCAAGCUGUUGAUUGCCCGGAAUUGGAUGGAUCCCAACAGUAGACCUCGUCAUUUUAGCAUCCCUUGUGCUGCUAGAGAUACAAUCACUUGCUUGGAGUUCGAUGAAGACCGCAUUAUUGCUGGGUCAGACUCAAAAUCUAUCAAUGUAUACGAUACUAGAACGGGCGAGCUUUUGCACAACUUUGAUGAACACGAUGGCGGCGUCUGGGCGCUCAAGUAUAUCAACAAGGAUAUUCUGGUGUCUGGAUCAGUCGACCGCACCGUGCGAGUAUGGAGUAUUUCUAAAGCAAAAUGCACCCAUGUUUUCCGCGGCCAUACCUCCACCGUCCGCUGCUUGGACGUUGUCAUGCCCGUUCCGCAUGUUGAUCCUGAAACCGGAAACACGGUUUAUGUUCCUCCCCGUCCGGUAAUUGUCACGGGCUCUCGAGACGCUACUUUGCGCAUGUGGUGGCUUCCUGGGCCCGACGAUCCUGAAUACCACUCACCUGACGGAAAUGUCGACGACACAGAAAACCCGUUCUUUAUCCAAACGCUAAGUGGCCACCAGAACCCUGUACGAGCAAUCAAUGGCUAUGAAGAUACUGUAGUUUCGGGAUCUUAUGACAACACUGUGCGUGUUUGGCGUAUCUCCGACGGCCAGUGCCGCCACGAGCUGGUUGGCCACCAACAAAAGGUUUACAGUGCUCUUUUGGACCACAAACGGAACCGGUGCAUUUCUGCUUCCAUGGACUGGAGUGUCAAAGUGUGGUGUAUUGAAACGGGCUCUUUGUUGUACACACUCGAGGGCCAUACCUCGUUAGUUGGACUACUCGACUUGAGCCGCACCAUGCUUGUUUCUGCCGCUGCAGACUCAACUCUCCGUGUGUGGGAUCCGGAAACCGGUAUGCUUUUGCACAAGCUCGAGGGCCACCAGCGAGCAAUCACCUGCUUCCAGCAUGACGAAACAAAGGUCAUAUCUGGAUCGGAACGGACCCUCAAGCUGUGGAAUAUCAAAACUGGUGAGCUCAUUGGCGACCUGUUCAGUGGAAUUGACCUGGCGGCAAUUUGGCAGGUCGGCUUUGAUUCCCGCCGGUGCGUGUCUGCUGUCUCGCGGGAUAGCGCCUCUUUCCUCGAAGUGCUCGAUUUCGAUUACGAUCCAAACGAAGAGGAGCCCCGGCUGCACGAGAUAGAUGAGCCCAAGGUAAUAUUCAGCCAGGAAUAG